AUGUCAUCGGAGGGAAAAUGUAUCUUUUGGUUGAAUGGGAUGGCCGGAACCGGGAAAUCGACGAUUUCUCGCACUGUGGCUAACCGCUUCGAAGAAGAGAAGUUACUAGGAGCAAGCUUCUUCUUUAAGAGGGGCGAGGGGGAUAGAGGGAAUGCGAUAAAGCUUUUCCCGACGAUCACCAAACAACUAACGAAGAUUAUUCCCCAACUGACCUCUGGUGUUCGAAAAGCAAUUGACAACAACCCCGACAUCGGAACAAAAGGGCUGAAGGAACAGUUUGACAGAAUACUCCUUCAACCUCUACUGGACUUGCAUUCAUCCGCUCUCCCGACCAUGAAUGUGGUCAUAGUGAUUGACGCACUAGACGAAUGUGACGUUGAUAAUGAUAUGCGACUUAUACUCCACCUACUACCACAAUUACGGAAAGCAGAAGGUAUACGUGUACGAGUUUUGAUAACUAGCAGGCCUGAAUUGCCGAUUCGUCUGGGGUUUGAAAAGCUUCCACUCCAUGAUCAUAAAGACUUCGUUCUCCAUGAGAUCCCCAAGGAAGUUGUUGAAAAUGAUUUAUCAUUGUUCUUGAAUCAUCGAAUUUCAAAGAUUAGAGAGGAGCGAGACCCCUCCUUACCAAUCGAUUGGCCUGGGGUGAUAAAUAUCAGAAAACUAGUGGCAUUGUCUGUUCCGCUAUUCAUCUUCGCCGCUACGAUAUGCCGUAUAUUCGAGGACCCUGAUUGGGACCCAAUAGACAGUCUUCCUGAGAUUCUCACACAUCAAAAUGAUGAAUCUAAACUGGAUGGGACGUAUCUUCCUGUGCUUGAUCGGCUUCUUCAAAGACAAUCAGAAAAGAAGAAAAAGGGGUUGGUCCAAGAAUUCCAUCAAGUGGUCGGUGCAAUCGUGAUACUAGAGAGCCCACUCUCAAUUAUCGCACUUUCAAGACUUAUCGGCCUCCCGCAGAGGCUUGUUCACACCAGACUCAACUCACUACACUCAGUUCUAAGUGUGCCAAACGAUGAGACCUCGCCGAUACAGCUCUUUCAUUUAUCAUUUCGGGACUUUCUUCUUAGUCCGGAAACCCGCGAGAAGACAGUAUUUUGGGUAGAUGAGAAAGAAAUGCAUUAUAGGUUAUCCAAAUGUUGCUUUCUUAUAUGUGAGAAUCUGAGACGGAAUAUUUGCGAACUGCCGAGUGAUGCAACACAACGUGAGAAUAUCGAUCGCCAGACUAUCAAUCGUUUUCUUCCUCCAGAAUUGCAAUAUGCCUGUCGAUAUUGGGCACACCAUCUGGUACUAUGCAUAGACAUGUAUACUAUGGUGCAAGAUGCUCUUUUAUUUCUCAGGAGGCAUUUCUUGCACUGGGUGGAAGCAAUGAGCCUAUUAGGCCUUACGUCAGAAAUGGUGGGGAUUAUCAAUCGCCUAGAGACGGUUAUACUAGGCGACCAUAAUGCUGAAUUGUCCGAGUUUCUGCACGAUGCAAAGCGUUUUAUACUUAAAAACCGCCAGAUAGCUGACGAAGCGCCCCUACAGGUUUAUUGCUCAGGGCUUGUUUUUGCGCCCCGAAACGCAAUAAUCCGCAGAGAAUUCGAAGCGCAGCUUCCUAGUUGGAUAUAUCAGUUACCACAAGUUCAGGAAAGGUGGAGUGCAGAAUUGCAGGCACUCGAGGGUCAUUCUAGUUCAGUUCAGUCGGUGGCCUUCUCGCCCGACAGCCAGCUACUAGCGUCUGGUUCCGACGAUAAGACAAUCCGCCUCUGGGAUACAGCGACAGGCGCCCUACAGCAGACUCUCGAGGGCCACACUGAUUCAGUUCAGUCGGUGACCUUUUCGCCCGACGGCCGGCUACUGGCGUCUAGCUCUGACGAUAAGACAAUCCGCCUCUGGAAGACGGCGACAGGCGCCCUACAGCAGACUCUAAAGGGCCACACUGAUUCCGUUCAGUCGGUGGCCUUCUCGCCCGACAGUCGGCUACUAGCGUCUAGCUCCGACGAUAAGACAAUCCUACUCUGGAAUAUAGCGAUAGGUGCGCUACAGCAGACUCUCGAGGGCCAUAUUGAUUGGGUUCAGUCGGUGAUAUUUUCGCCCGACGGUCGGCUACUAGCGUCUAGCUCCGACGAUGAGACAAUCCUACUCUGGAACACAGCGACAGGCGCCCUACAGCAGACUCUCAAAGGCCAUACUGAUUCAGUCCAGUCGGUGGUCUUCUCGCCCGACGGCCAGCUGCUAGCGUCUAGCUCCUACGAUGAGACAGUUCGACUCUGGGACACGGCCACAGGCGCCCUACAGCAGACUCUCGAGGGCCAUACUGACUCAGUUCAGUCGGUGGUCUUCUCGCCCAACGGCCAGCUGCUAGCGUCUAGCUCUGACGAUAAGACGAUCCGCCUCUGGGACACAGCGACAGGCGCCCUACAGCAGACUCUCGAGGGCCAUAUUGAUUGGGUUCAGUCGGUAGCCUUCUCGCCCGACGGUCGGCUACUAGCGUCCGGCUCUGACGAUGAGACCGUUCGGCUCUGGGACACGGCGACCGCUCCCUUACAACAGACUCCCGAGUGCCACACCGGUUGGGUUUUUUCGGUAGCCUUCUCGCCCGACGGUCGGCUACUAGCGUCUGGCUCCGACGAUAAGACAAUCCGCCUCUGGGACACGACGAUAGGCGCCCUACAGCAGACUCUCAAGGGCCACACUGAUGCAGUCCAGUCGGUAGUAUUUUCGCCCGACGGUCGGCUACUAGCGUCUAGCUCUCGCGAUAAGACAGUCGGUAUUUGGGACAUAGCGACGGGCACCCUACAGCAGACUCUCAAGGGCCAUACUGACUCAGUUCGGUCGGUAGUCUUCUCGCCUGACGGCCGGCUGCUGGCGUCUGGCUCCAACGAUAAGACAGUUCGGCUCUGGGAUACGGCGACUGGAGCCCUACAACAGACUUUCGAGGGCCACACUGAUCUGGUUCGUUCGGUGGCCUUCUCGCCCGAUGGCCGGCUGCUGGCGUCUGGCUCCGACGAUAGGAAUGUCCGCCUGUGGGACACAGCGACUGGUGCCCUAUACGAGAUAUUCCGAAUUCACGGCGUGGCCACUGACCUCGAAUUCUCCCAGGACGGUGCAUACCUAAGCAGCAACCCAGGAUCUCCCGGUAUCAAGUGUCGCAAUCACACCCCACAUCUAUCUCCGGUAAAUCUGGAGAAAUCUAUACUGAAGAUUCCCCGAGACGGUUCAUACACAAGCUGUAACUUGGGAUCUCUUGAUAUUCAGUCCAAGUUUCGCAAUCACACCUCCAGUACACACCAAGCAAAUCUGGAUAUAUCCAUAUCUAAGGCACAGUGGAUAAUCUUCAAUGGAGAAAAGAUAUUGUGGCUUCCUCCCGAGGCUGGCCCUUCUUGUUCGGCCAUUAAAGGCAGUACACUUGCCCUAGGCCACGCAUCAGGGCGAAUUUCCUUCAUAGGAUUUCGGGUAUAA